AUGGCAGUUUUGGGGGGGUGCGCCGAGGAGCUCAAGAGGAGCUUCGCGUGCCACGGCGCGGCGGUGCGCGGGGCGCUCGAGCAGCUGGCGGCGAGGCUGGAGGGCCUCGAGCGGGAGCACGAGGAGCGGCUGGUGCUCGCGCUCGGCGGCUCGAGCCCCCGCGGCGCUCCGGCCGCCCCGGCGGAGAGCGAGGCUCGGGUGGCUCGCGACCUGGGGUCCGUGGUCUCGAUCGUGCCCGAGUCGCCGAGCCACGGGCCCCAGCCGCGCGUGCUGCCGCCCCGCGCGCUCUUCCGCGGCGCGGGCGGGGCAGGGCCGCCCCUCGGCGCCAGCCUGGCGGGGGACGCCUGGGGGAGCCGGCAGCCCAGCGCCAUCAGCGAGGAGAAGCCUGCGGCGACGGCGCCGCAGCGCGGAGCGAGCAGAAGGACGCCAAGAUUCGAUCGCGAGUCGGGUGUCUCCUCGGUGUUCAAGAGAUCAAUCAUAUCUGGCAGUAUGUGGAACCAGCGUCUCAAAGGUCGCAACCAGCAGGUGUUCGUCGACGCGAAUAAGCUCUUGGAGGCCGCUAAGCACAGGGCCUGGUCUGGCAACUGCGACACAACUUCGGAUCUGUACCGCGACGAGGGGACGGCGCAGUGGCUUGUCCAGCACCCCGCCUUCAACUUAGUGCAGUUUCUCGCGGUGGCCUUGAACACCGCUUGGAUAGGAAUCGAGACAGACUACAACAACAAGGAUAGUGGGACGCAGCUGUAG